GGAAAGUCGUUAGAGACAGCUCGCUGCGAUUUAUGGCAAGAACUGUUGCAGUAUUGUUGGCUGGGUAAUUGCUUCGCUGAGGGUGAAGCCAAAGUGACCACGAUAUUUUGUUUUACAAAAAAAGAAAAAAACUGCUCAUGAAGGAACAAAAGGUGAUUGUGGCUGAGGAUUAUGAUAUUCAGCGUGCCUACGUAGUAGCUGGCCUUGCACAGCAUUGACCCCUUUUUUAGAGCUUUACAAUGUUUCUUCGUCUCCAAGGCACGCAGUGCUAUGACAUUCCAAAUUGGAUAACUGCUUCUUCGGCACAGAACGGCAGCACAUAGUAACAUUCAGCAUUGAAUUUGAAAGCCAGGUGCCAUGGGAAAAGACAUGCUGACAACCUUAGCUACGCUUGCAGUUCUUAUAUCUGUCGCAGCUCCCAAGUGCUGGCCAAGGGACUAUGGCUUUGGCAGUCCUGUGUGCGUGUGCGGAAUGACGUACUGCGACUUCAUCGGCGACAUCGGGCCCCUGCCGAAAGGAGCAGCCAUUGCCUUUGAGAGCAGCAAGGCCGGACUCCGAUUCCGGAGAACUGUAUUGUUCCGCAAAGAAACGGGACCACCUGGCAACAACACUCUGCUGAUUGUGAUAAACCCUGGAAAAACGUACCAGGAAAUCUUUGGUUUCGGGGGCGCCUUCACUGACUCAGCUGGGUUAAAUCUGAGAAAUCUCCCGAUCCAGCUGCAGGACGCUAUUAUAGGGUCCUAUUACUCCACAGCAGGAAUAGAGUACAGCAUUGCCAGGAUACCAAUGGCCAGCACUGACUUCUCAAUGCGCAAGUACACCUAUGACGAUUCUCCAAACGACUUCUUUCUGCUCAACUUCACUCUCGCCGCGGAAGACAUCCACCUCAAGAUCCCGUACAUAAAAAGAGCAAUGCAUAUGUCGAACAAAAGAAUAUGGUUUUACGGAAGUCCCUGGAGCAGCCCUGCCUGGAUGAAGACGAGCCAUAAGUUGGAGGGUCCUGGGUUUCUCAAAGGACACCCGGGCGGACCUUUCUACAAAACUUGGGCAGCGUAUUUCGUCAGGUUUGUGCAGGAGUACGAGAAAAAAGGCAUUCCCAUCUGGGGUCUGACGGUGCAGAACGAGCCGUCCUCUGGCUUCGUACCCUUUUAUCCCUGGCAGACCCUGGCCUUUACACCACAGAUUCAGAGGGACUUCAUCAAGCGCGAUCUAGGGCCAGCGUUGACCGACGCGGGCUACGGCAACCUGAAACUUAUGAUGCUCGAUGACCACCGCCUCGGCAUUCGGUACUGGGCAAGCGUGGUUUUAGGCGAUCCUGAAGCGGCAAAGUACGUCCAAGGAAUCGCUUUUCAUUGGUACAUGAACCAUCUAAUCGGACCACGGGUCCUCGACAAGGUUCACAAGAGCCACCCAGACAAGUUUAUCCUUUCGACCGAGGCCUGCACUGGAUACAGAAAAGAUGGGGAAAAGGUCAAGUUAGGCAGCUGGGAACGCGCUGAAGAGUACGCCAUCGAUAUACUCCAGGACCUCAACCAUUGGGCUAGUGGGUGGACGGACUGGAACCUAGCUUUAAAUACUCAAGGUGGCCCCAACUGGGCUAAAAACUUCGUCGACUCGCCCAUUAUCGUGAAUUCCACAGCUCAGGAGUUUUACAAGCAGCCAAUGUAUUACGCACUGGGCCACUUCAGUAAAUUCCUUCCGAGGGGCAGUGUGAGGAUUGAGUCUCGUAUAAAGCAAGGUUCACCUAAGAUAGAGUACGCAGCUUUCCUGACGCCAGAGAUGGCAGUCGUUGUCAUCGUGCUCAACACACACGAUGAAAAAUUCAAGCUAAACAUCAGAGACGUGUCUGGCUCUACCAGUGUGGAGAAGGUCAUCGAAGAACGGUCAAUAACAACGUUUAUGUGGCAUUUAUAGAGGAUUCCUCCUUCCGUUCUUGAACGCUGCCAUCCGAUGAUCCAACACAGUAGCGUUCUCUCUUGGUGCCCGAGAUGAAACCAAGGUGAUACUAUCAAAUGUGGUUUUGCCGCCAAACUCAAGCUUGUAGGCAGGCGUUCAAGAAAAAAAAAAAAAAAAAAAAAAAAAACUCGCGUCUCUUCACGCUUCACUCGCACGAUUGAUAUGCGACAGCGUUCAGAGAUUCCAUAAUUCGUUGAUUUUCUGUCGACGUCCACAUGACUUCUGCCUCAUGGUCAUCUGCGAGUUGUUAUGGCAUUAUGAUCUACUGCUGGGGUAUACCUGUUGCUGUAUAGUGGUCAGCUUGACCUGGCAGUGCAACCAAAACGCAGCGCCGUUGGACGUUUCUUUCUUUCUUUGCUCACCAAACGCAGAAAGAGUUUCGAAAUAGCGGUUUCAUCGCUAUAAUCAGAUUUGGUGUGACCACUCGGACUUCCUUGUGAGCGCUAGCUGUCGCCACAAUGAAACUCUCGAUGAUCUUUAACUUCAGGGUUUGCUCUGCCAAAAGUGAGACGUGGCUUUCCAAAUAAAGUUCUUUUAAA